AUAUAGGGUUUUGUUGGUGUCAACAACUUUAAGCCGGGCCUCGGGGUCGGCACGGCUCGGUUCGGGUCGGAAUGCGAGGGGAUCUUCCUGCGAGGCCCGGGAGUCCGUCGAGUUGGAUGGAUCCGUUACGCGAGGUCGACGGCGGGACGGUUGUCUUUCCUGGGAUGGCCGUCUAGCGGGGUUGCUCCGUCUUCGCACCUGCAGACAGGUCGGGUCAGGGGUCUCGGCUCGACCCCUCCGACGAUCAAGUCAGUCAAUGGUAGUGGAGGAAUUUUCCUCUCCCUUUUCUCCUCAACGAGAGGGUUCUUAUAAGGAAGGUUACCUGUCUGAGGUGCCUGCUCGAGAGGAGCAGGAUCGUACUCCUGGUAGCGUAUGACAUCGGUGUAGACGUGGCGUAAGGUAUCGAGCUUGUGCAGGAAGUUAAUGUGCCUCGGCCGACGUUCCAGUCUGUUUUAGCUAGGUGCUGUCAAGUCGGCUGAGGCGUGGGGCGUCAUCCGGGGGUGCUGAUGUCACCCGAGUCCAAUCGCCAUAAUUGCCCUCGUCAUAUUCCCCCCCGAAGGAGCUAUGCGUCGGUCGUAGAGGGGGGUCCGAGGCAUGGCUUCAGUUUUAAGAGAUUAUCCCCACCGGGCGGUUGCCGGUCGUUCAUUGGGGGCGCGGAGACCACGGAGUUCGAUACUUGAGGACUGGGCCGACGCCACGGUGGUCUCGGACAGCGUGCGACCGAGGGGGGUGACUCAGGCGGGCAGGCCGCGUAGAGGUUGCGGUCUCGGGCAGCAUGCAGCCGAGGAGCACAACUCAGGCGGGCAAGCUGCGCAGAGGUCGUGGUCUCGGGCAACAUGCAGCCGAGGAGCCCAGCUCAGGCGGGCAAGCCGCGCAGAGGUUGCGGUCUCGGGCAACAUGCAACCGAGGAGCACAACUCAGGCGGGCAAGCCGCGCAGAGAUUGCGGUCUUGGGCAACAUGCAGCCGAGGAGCACACGACCCUAUCCCGAAGGGUUUUGCCCUAACCAUAGACGCCCUUGAGGCGAGUUUACGCCUCCCCCUGCACCCUGUUAUAAGUUACUGCAUCUCGUGGUGGCGUCUUUCUCCGUCGCAGAUAGCGCCUAAUUCCUAGCGAUAUUUGGUGGCGUUCCUGGGGGAGUGCCAUUACGCUCAUAUUACCCCAACCCGAUCUCUUUUCCUCUCCUGUUUUCAUCUUUCCAAGGGGUCGGGGGGCUACUAUUUGUCCGCUCGGCCAGGCUUUUGGGUUAGCGGGGCUCCUUCCAGCAACAAGGGAUGGAAGGAGCACUUCUUUUAUGUCUAUCGUCCAGAGGGAUAGAGCUUCGGGCUCCGGUGGGCCGCGCGCGCGAUCGACAACACUGCCCCGACCCUGAACGACGAAGAGCGGAGGGACCUUCGCCGUCUAAAGGAGAUACUCCCGACCUCCCAAGUCAUUCGAAGGAUGACCGAGGCGUGGUUGGUCGAGGCGGGUCUUAGCCCGAUGCCUCGAGGUAUGCCAGUAGUGGGUAGUGUUAGGGCUUUCCAGAAAUCGCGUUCUUGGUAUUCUGAUCGAGGUCGGUGUUUUCAUGCAGAAAUGGUGAACCUCGUCGCCGUGCGUGGGGGGCCUUCCUCGUCGGCCGUGUCGAUUGGCCGAGCCGAGGGUUGGCUCGAGGGAGGCGCCGGUUCAACUUGAGGUCGGUCGACCUCAAAAGAAGGCGAAGACCGGUAUCAAAAGAAAACCGAGCAUGCCGUCGGCGCAGCCGGAGGAUGGAGCGACCAAGCACGUCGGGUGCGACCGGCGACGGGACCUCGUUCAGGGCGAGGCCGGCCCGAGUAGGGAGGCGACAGGGAAGGCGCCUCAGGAGUCGUCCAUCCGCGAUUUGUGUCGCCUCCCUUCGGGAGCACCGGGCGAACCUUACCUAGCUCGGGCCAUGGGCGAACUUCCGGAGGGCCAACCCUCCGACCCGUUGGCGGCCCGAUGGACGGGCCUGACCCGCGGGGACCGGGUAUGGGCUGACGGGGAGGCUGCGGCCUUAUUUGUCCGAGGGGGGCUCCAUCCCGAUAUGGCUCGGGAACUGUAUGUCCUGCCCUCGGAUGUUUUGCUGAGCAAGUCUGCAAAGUCCCUGCUGUGGGUAAGUACCUUGUUAUUGGGUUCCUUUUUGUACCUGGGCCACAGUUGUCCUGACUCUACUUCUUUGCAGCGUCAGCAUUAUGCACCAGCGUUGAUGGAUCGCGUGCGUGACGCAGGUCGGGCACUCGGUGUUUUGAUCGACCGUAACGUCAAGCUGCGAAGGCAAAUAGAGGAGGUGCACGCGGAGGCGGCCUCGGAGGCGGUCGCGACAGCCGAGCAGCGUGCCUCGGAUCUGGAGGCGGAGGUCACGCGACUCAAGUCCGAGGUACAGGCUGCCGAGCAGCGUGCCUCGGAUUUGGAGGCCGAGGGGACCCGCCUGAAAUCCGAGGUAAAAGUGGCGGAGGAGAGGAAUAAUGAUCUCCAAGCGUUCCUGAGGACGGCACGGACCGAGGUUCGUUUGGCCAAUAAAGAGGCGGUUGCCCUCACUCAGAAGUUGGAGGAGGCGCGUGCCGAGGCGAAGAGGGCUUCUGAAGCUCUGGCUGCCGAGAUGCAGCAGCGUCCGGAGAGGGACAAGAAGCUGAUCGAGGACUAUAAAGAGUCCUCGGGCUUUCAGCUCGGCUUGGUCCGGUCGGGGCAGAUCACGUACGAAUGCGGGUACCGGGUCGCCCUGGCCCGCUUCAAGGCGCGCCACCCCGGUUCGGAGGUCGAAGAAAACCCCUUUGCCUCCUGCCCCGAAGACGCAAGCGUCGACAUGCCAGAUGAAGUCCCCUUCGACGACAGCUCUGAAGCCCCCAAAGGAUAGGAUAUAAGGC